AUGGAUGAACUGAGCACGCCCGUCUGUAAGCAGAAGAAUGAAGGCUUAGAGAAGGACGGACGCUGGAAGUGGGAGGUGUCAGGCAGGGAGGGAGUGGGAUGGCAGCCCUACCUGUUGGAUGAAGUCUUUGCUGACCUGAGUCCAAUGGCAAAGCGUGACCCGAACGAGGCCCCUCCUCCUUACUACUCUGUUGCUGUGCACACCCAGCCCCCCCUCAAGUCCUAUGAGGAGGUGGUGUAUGGCGUGGGUCCAGGCCUGACACCCCCCGCCUAUCCACAUUACAUCCCCCAGUAUGCACCACCUGUGGUUGUUCCCCAAGUGACACGGUCAAGCAUACCCCCCAGCAGUAAGAGGAGGAGAUGCUGCAAGAGUAAUGCACAGUGUUACGGAGGGUCGGGGGGAACCUUUGUGAUGCUUGGUCUGCUGGGACUGGCCAUCUGGCUUGGAGUUCGUUAUGGCACCCGGUUGGCAACAGCAGCAAUCUUCUACAAUGAGUACGAUGAUUAUACAGAUACAAAUCCACAAAACGAUGACAUCUGCCCCAACAACACUGUCCAAUGUGAUGCAAUAAAAGACUGCCAACUGGGCUCUGACGAAACCAACUGUGUGAGGUUUGGCAAGGACAACGGUCUGCAGGUCAGGGAACCUCAAGAUGGCCGCUUCCUACCAGUGUGCUUCAAAGACUGGAACAACGACCUCGCUGACCAGACCUGCGCUCAGCUAGGACUCAGAGAGUCCUAUGUCACCAAAGCAAUUGAAUCCCAGGAGUCCAUCGCGUUAUCAUUGACCAACAGCUCAUCUUCGCUUCUCCAGGGUCAGGUUAGAGUCAGUUCUUCCUGUCCAGACCAGAAGACUGUCUCCCUGCAGUGUGUGGACUGCGGCCGUCAGAUGUCUACCUCCCGGAUUAUUGGAGGCACCGCAGCUAAGGCAGGCCAGUGGCCUUGGCAGGCGUCACUGCACUUCAGAGGAUCCCACGUCUGCGGAGGAACCCUGAUCUCUCAUGAUUUUGUGCUGACCGCUGCCCAUUGCUUCCCAAGCGACAACAAUGCUGUCUCAACAAAAAGGUGGAAAGUGUAUCUGGGAGUGAUGUCUCUGGAUUCACUACCUCAGCCCUACAUGGUAAAGAGGAUCAUACUCAACAAGAACUACAACAGCAAAACUAAUGACCAAGACGUCGCUCUGCUCCAACUUACAUCUCCAGUUCUUUUCACUGACAAAGUCCAGCCAGCCUGUCUGCCAGCUUCUGAUCAGCGAUUUAACCCUGGAACCAAAUGCUGGACCUCCGGUUUUGGCACCACUGAGGCAGGAUCAAAAACUGUCUCCAGGGAUCUGAUGGAAGUGACUGUGGACAUCAUUAGUACACAAGCGUGUAACAGCCGCAGUGUGUACUCAGGCUUAGUGACCAAACACAUGACCUGUGCCGGAGACCUGGCCGGUGGCAAAGACUCCUGUCAGGGUGACAGUGGUGGACCUCUGGUGUGUCAGGGACAGAGCCGUUGGUACCUGGAGGGAAUCACCAGCUGGGGAGUUGACUGUGGGAAAAGAAACAAGCCUGGAGUUUACACCAAAGUCCGAAGUGUUCUGCCCUGGAUAUACAGCAAAAUGCAGCAAGAGAGACCAUGAUGUCUUUUUCUCCUGCUGGCUAUCUACUUCCCGCCCUUCCACAAUGAACCCUGCACUAUAAAAACAAGAGGUGGACACAUGUACAGC